UUUCCCUCCUCCCUAAUCCCCCUUCUCAGCAUUUCUAUCUCCGCCUCCCUCCCCUGUCCAAAUUUUCCAGCCAACAGCUGGAGCUGACUUCCGCAAUUCUGAUGGAAUAAAUCCAGCAAUCCUAGGCAUCCGCCCACAUUAUCGACACUUCCCUGCAGAAACGAGCCCAGAGAACAGAUUCCCAUCAGCAGGAUGUGGGAGCUCAAGGUUCUAAUGUUGCUGCUGCCCGUGGUGAGCUUUGCUCUAUACCCUGAGGAGAUACUGGACACCCAGUGGGAGCUAUGGAAGAAGACCUACCAGAAGCAGUAUAACAGCAAGGUGGAUGAAAUCUCCCGGCGUUUAAUUUGGGAAAAAAACCUGAAGCAUAUUUCCAUCCAUAAUCUUGAGGCCUCUCUUGGUGUCCAUACAUAUGAACUGGCAAUGAACCACUUGGGGGACAUGACCAGUGAAGAGGUGGUUCAAAAGAUGACUGGACUCAGAGUACCUCCAUCCCAUUCUCGCAGUAACGACACCCUCUAUAUCCCAGACUGGGAAGGCAAAGCCCCAGACUCCAUUGAUUAUCGAAAGAAGGGAUAUGUUACUCCUGUCAAAAAUCAGGGUCAAUGUGGUUCCUGUUGGGCUUUUAGCUCUGUGGGUGCCCUGGAGGGUCAACUCAUGAAGAAAACUGGUAAACUCUUAAAUCUGAGUCCCCAAAACCUGGUGGAUUGUGUGUCUGAGAAUGAUGGCUGCGGAGGGGGCUACAUGACCAAUGCCUUCCAGUAUGUGCAAAGGAACCGGGGCAUUGACUCCGAAGAUGCCUACCCGUAUGUGGGACAGGAUGAAAGUUGUAUGUACAAUCCAACAGGCAAGGCAGCUAAGUGCAGAGGGUACAAAGAGAUCCCUGAGGGGAACGAGAAAGCCCUGAAGAAAGCAGUGGCCCGAGUGGGACCCAUCUCAGUGGCCAUUGAUGCAAGCCUGAGCUCCUUUCAGUUUUAUAGCAAAGGUGUGUAUUACGAUGAAAACUGCAAUAGCGAUAAUCUGAACCAUGCGGUUUUGGCAGUGGGAUAUGGGAUCCAGAAGGGAAAAAAGCACUGGAUAAUUAAAAACAGCUGGGGAGAGAACUGGGGAAACAAAGGCUAUAUCCUCAUGGCUCGGAAUAAGAACAAUGCCUGUGGCAUUGCCAACCUGGCCAGCUUCCCCAAGAUGUGACUUCAGCCAGCCAACCCUAUCCUGCUCGUCCAUUCCUUCCAUGAUGGUGCAAUGAAGUGAUGUACUUUGGAAGGGAGUGGUAUGCCUUUCUUGAAGCAGAUGCAGUAAUACAGAGAUUGUCCAUUCAGUCUCCUCAUUUGUUUGUGCGUCAGGCAACACUCCUAUUACUUUCCUUCUCUCCACCCAAAGCCUUUAUUUUUCACUGUGACCACAGUAGGAAUUUCCCCCCAAUUAUUAUGCACUCCAGUUCAUAAAUCUAUUUAUCAGUUUUUGGUACAAGUUAACAUGAUACAAGAAAUGUGUUUUCUUUUUCCUUCUUUGCAUUUUUUAAGUAAACCUAGUAUUUAUCUUGUCUAUAACUUAAUAAAUAGCUAUUUGGUAGCAACUCAUUUUGUGUUGGAUACUGUCCUAGGUGCUGGAGACAAAAAGGUGAAUAAAACAUAUUCUUAUACUUGA